AGAAAAUACAAAUUAACCACAAAAAAUAUUUAUAUAUAUAUUGUUACUUCAGGCCAAGAUGAAGAAAUUGAAGGACAAAUAUAAAGAUCAGGAUGAGGAAGAGAGACAACUCCGUAUGGAAAUUCUUGCUUCUGCUGGCAGUAAAAAGGAAGAUAAAAAGAAGAAAGGAAAGAAGGAUGAAAAAGGACGUCCACAAUCUGCAGUGGAGAAAAAACCCCAACAACAACAGAGAAAGAAGCCAGAACUUGUUGAUAUCAUUAUUAAAGAUGUUGAAAACACAGCAAUUACAGAGGAUCCUACAAACAAUAAAGAGAUUGUAGAAGCUCAGGUCAAUGACGAUGAUGAGAAGUUAGAAGAUGACACACAAACUACUGAUGACCAGCAGAUUUUGAAUUCUUUGACUGGCAUACCAAAUAUUGAGGAUGAGUUGCUGUUUGCUCUGCCAGUCUGUGCUCCAUACAAUGCACUGACAAAUUAUAAGUACAAGGUUAAGCUGCUGCCAGGGUCAACAAAAAGAGGAAAAGCUGCAAAAAUUGCCAUUAACAUGUUCCAGUAUGAUAAAACUAUAACACCAAGAGAAAGAGACCUUGUAAAAAUAUCAAAGGAUGUGAACAUAUCACGGAACAUUCCAGGAAAAGUGAAGGUCACAGCCCCAAACAUUAGCAAGGUGAAGAGGAAGUGAAUUCAAAAUCAGACAAUAAAAUCUAAUUGUGCAAUUGAAUAUUAUAAUGAUAAAUAAUUAUUAUAAGACUAUGAUAAAAGAAAGAUUAUUUCUUUUCAAAUAAUUGUUGAAUAAAUACUUAAUUUCUUUUAUCAUUUAGACAUGGUAUUUAGUACUUUUUCUGAAAAGGUGAGUUCUUGCUUUGUUUGCUCAAGGAUUUUAUUUAAUUAUGUAACAAAAAAUGCUAUAGCUCAAGGAUAAAAUUUGUGUAUGAAUAUAUUUAUCUUAGAGUCCUUCCCCUCUAUUGUUAAGUUUUAUCAUUUCUUGAUG